GUGUGUACGCUAUGAAAACGUUAGUGUGGACGCAAAGCUAGCGCUUUUGAUGCGAUUUCUGAGACGAAAAAAAACGAUUUCCGUGGUAUACGUAUGGUCAACAAUGGAAGUUAGACGGCUUAUAGAUCGAUUGGGACUUGACGCUGUACGUCAGUGAUCGCGGUCUCUUUCUUGUUGUGAUAGCGCGGCGCAACAUGGCGGAUGAAGAGGAUCGGUACUCGGACGAUGAAUCCUGUGAAAAAGUCAGCGAUACUGAAGAAGAUGUAGAAGAAUAUGUAGUAGCUCCCAUAGAUAAGCUUGGAGUUGUUGGUAGAUGGAUUCGACAUCGUCUUUUAGCCUCGAUUCUCAUGGGAACGCCUCCGUUAGUCGCCAUUCAGAGGAUGCGCACUCCACUCCGUACCAAAAUAAUGAAGAUCAACAGCUUCUUUGGUACAGAAGAGUUCUAUACUCCACUUGUAUGCUUUCUCACAUGGAUAAUUGAUGCCAGAUUAGGAAGAUUGCUGUGUUUUCUGAUGGCCCUUGGCUUCUACGUAGCUGGCUUUGUCAAGAAUCUAUUGUGUUUACCAAGACCAUCCAAUCCUCCUAUUGUCCCAUUAGAAGGUGACUCUUUUGAAACCUGGGGCUUACCAAGUCAUCACGCAGUACUUGCCGUAUUGCUACCAUGGUACAUAUGGUUCUACUCUAUGCUGCACUUUAACCUCUCUCAAUGGGCAUUUAUCACCCUCUUUACUGUGAUUGUCAUGUGGUCUGUGUUUGUGAUGAUGAGCAGGUUAUAUCUUGGAGUCCAUAGUCCUGCAGACAUUGUUGUUGGUGGUAUCAUUGGUUGUAUUGUGUUGGCUAUCUGGAUGAAAACAGAUGAUUUAUUUGACAUGGCAAUCAGCUACGGUUCCAAUGUGAUCCCAAAGGCUGUGGUCUAUUCUUUGUUACUAUUGUUCAUUCAUCCACAACCACUGACUGAAACCAACUCCUUCUUUGAGACGAAUUGUAUGACUGGGGUAACAGUUGGUGUUGCCGUAGGAAGAGCAACAAAUAACAAGUAUUCAGCCAUAUCAAAAGCCGUUCUGGAAUCUGGAGAUGAAAAUACAACUUGGUUCACAUAUCUUUGGGUUUCAGUGUUGAAGCUUGCCUUAGGUUAUUUCCUGGUCAUUCUCACAAGGAUGGUUUGUAAAGCAGUCUUCAUGAGCCUUAUAUCACUUGCCUACAGAGUGGUUGAUAUUGAAUACUUCAGUAGCCGGAAAAUAAAGAACUAUUACUUCCGUACAGCAUACAGCAACUCCUUUAAACUUCCUCCCAUCGAAAAGCAGGGUGUCAAAAAGAGGAUCCACAAAGUGAGAUCUCGAGAUGAAAACAUUCGAUACAAGUGGAACAUUGAGUUCCCUGUCAGGUAUCUGACGUAUGCGUGUAUGGGCUGGAUGUGCGUAUGUGGUACUCCACUACUCUGCCACAGUAUCGGACUGACUGUAUAAAUCAAAUUUAACUUGUAUAUUUUACAUCUGUAGUUCAGGGUUUUAAUACCAGCUUGAGUAAGCUGCAAUAUAGACUGGGAGCAGCGAGGGAAUCUUACUCACAUUUUCCCUAAAUUCGGGGGAACUUAAAUCAAAAUAGGUGGCAASUCCAUGUUAAAUACCCGGAGAGAUUCGCUGACUGGGCACCAGCUUCUAUUGAAAAUCCUGGUAGUUAUGGAAAAGUGAUUUGGGGUUUUAAUUCUAUAUAAAUCACAACCACCUUUUUUACCACGAGCGUCAAUGGGUCUUACAGUUCUUUUCUCCAAGUACAGUAAUAGGCUUUAAAUAUUGAUAUGAGAUAUUUGAUUUAAGGGGCAAGCUAUUAUUUAUCACUGCCUGGGGAUUAAUUCAUUUUUAUUCAAGUUUUAUGUCAGAAUCAUUGCCAUAUGACAAAAUUUGUCAUUCAAUUUACUUUUUGCUAUUUAAAUUUAAAUUUACUUUUUGUACUCAAUUUAAUUCUUUGUCACUUUCAUGCUGAUAUUAUGGUUAUAGUGUCAUGUAAGGUGUCAGUAUUGUGUAGUUCCAGAAAUCAUCCAUACCAACCCCACAGAGGAAUUUGGAAUUUCCGAAGAGUAGGGGGGUCGGAAAAAGAACAAAAAUUACAGAGUUUGUAUGGAAGAAAAUUGGAAUUUCCGGGGGAUAGGGGGGUAUUAAAAAAAUUCCUCCGUGAGGGGGGUAUGGAUAAUGUUUGCAACUACACAUUAAGCUUUUUGUUUUUAACUCGUGGAUACGCAAAGUWAAAGGUCAAGAUAUAGGGAUUAAUUUAAUAUGCAUAAUGCAAUGCUCUUGUCAGUGGGAUGUAAAAGGAGCACAGGGAACCCAAUGUCUGAAAAAUGCAAACAGGAUUCAAAUGGGAUUCAUAAGUUUGCCUUGCGGCAGGUUGAUUUCUUUUCUAUUGGUUUUCCUUUGCAUACCACAAAUACAGUAUACAUUUAUGUAAAUAUCCUAUUAGAUAAAAUUUCAUAUACCUUCACAUACAAAUUCCUUCCCAUUAGAGCUAUUAGUUAAUUAGAGUUGCAUGUAGAAGAAUGUAAAUUAUUGACAAAUAGGGCUUUUGAUAAUCAAAAAAAGUUACCCUGAUCAUCAAACUAUUGAUUUUGUAACAACUUGAUAUCAAUUCUUACRGAAAAGGUGGCUUUAAAUGAAUGCAAAGGCCCCCUCUUGAGGGUGUGACAAGAAAUUUUCAGGGGGGAGGUGCAGAUCCCAUUUUAAGUAAAGCAUUUUUUCAGAUCUCCAAAUUUGAAACUUAAAAAGAAAGGUUGAUUGGAACACCUCCCUUAUCUGACUACACCCUGUAGUAUAUUGCCCUGUUUUACCAACAAUUUAUAGAAGCUCUACAUGUUUAUAAUGAUAAGAUAAUAGAAUAAAAUUCACUUUGAUAGGGCAGAUGUAAYGGUAACAGUAAAAAAAUAGUAAAAUAUAGGAUUAAUUAGAAAUUUAUAAUUGUAAAAUAUUAAUUUUGAAGAUGCUCUGCAAUAAUGAUUAUUGACUCUUAUUUAAACAUGAAGCAUCGUUCUUUAAUUUCUUGCUUUUUACUCUCUGUAAUUAUACCUUUUCAGCUUUCUGUUGUCAAAAAAUUAGCUAUUUUAAAUGAAGACAUUUAUAAAUUAUAUAUUAUUUUAUAUUUCAGAACGUUAAUUUAUUUUAAAUUAAUCUUAAUUUAAUAUAAUUURAUGUAAAAAUUUUGAGUGAUUUUCAUAGGCCAAAUCAUUUGAAUGUAUUGUWUUAUUGUUUUCCCAAUUCAAUGUGUCAUUCCUCUGUGAACAAGAUCCUUUGAUGUAUCCUCUUAACCAUUAUUAGCUACAAGUAACAAUGAUACUCAAGGGAAUGACACAUGGUCUGAAAUGGGAAAUUUUGAUGGUAAAGCUGAAUGAAUCUAUUAAAAUGUCUGAAAAAUUGUUUUAUUGA